GCACAAUAUCGGUCAACAGCCGGUGGUCGUGACGUAACAAAAGACCUAUAACAGCAAAAAAAAAUGGCAUCCAGCAGAAAGUCCGUUCUGUUCGUCUGUCUGGGGAACAUCUGUAGGUCCCCGAUUGCCGAAGCUGUCUUCAAAAAGAUGGCGACGGAUGCCAGUGUUGUUGACAAGUGGAGGAUAGACAGUGCUGCCACCUCCACCUAUGAGAUAGGCAACCCUCCAGACCAUCGUGGUCAAGCCUGCCUGAAGAAACACGGCGUGCCCAUGAUGCAUGUAGCCAGGCAGGUGACAAAAGAAGAUUUUUUGACUUUUGACUACAUUCUGUGCAUGGAUGAGAGCAAUUUGAGUGAUCUGAAAAAAAAGGCAAACUCAGUGAAAAACAGCAAAGCCAAGAUUGAGUUGCUUGGCUCCUACGAUCCAGAAAAACAGCUGAUUAUCAAAGACCCAUACUAUGGACACGAGGAAGACUUCGAAAAUGUGUACCAACAGUGUGUGAGAUGCUGCAAAGUGUUUUUGGAAAGAAACUCGUAACAUGAUCCAAGAUCUGACCGUUGAACAUCUACCCAAAUACUAGUCCAUUUGUAAAGACACGGUCAUCUCUUAUCAGUUGUGCAGUUACUUUGUCUGCCAUGUUGCACUAACCGUAGUUUCCAUUAAUGGUUUAGCAGUCAGUGGACCACAGUAUACUCUGCAAUAAAUCGUAACUGUAAAACAAAGUCUUUGCUGUACAGUAUAUUGUAAUUAAAAUGCAUUUUUAUUUGUAUUUGCUGGCUGUCAGGUCCUCUCCUCCUGAAGGAAACUGAAUAAAUACAACACAAUAAUGCCCUAUU